GUAAGUUCCGUCUACUGCCGACUUCAAUGCCGCUCGUGCGCUAUUCACUAGAUAGUUUCUCGUGUCUUCACCUGUUCUCCCAACCUGCCAUACUUCUCCUUCUAUGUCCGUUCCUUAAGCCCGCAAAUUCCGGCAACCAAACGACAUCACAUCGCUGUGUUGAGGCAUUGAUCGACGUAGCCCAUUGCUACCUACCACCCAGCAAUGCCAUCGCCGGGCUAGAACAUCGGUCCGAUAACGUCCUUCAGACAUAUAUAUUCAGACACGUUCUGCUCUUCAACGACCAACCACCAGCAACACUCCCCAACCUCCUCAAACAUCGCAACCAUGGUUCAUACACUGCCCUUCGCCAACAUCCAAGUCCCCAGUCCCGGCUUUGGUGCCAUGGGCAUCAGCUUCGGCCUGGGAAACAACCUGACCCUCGAACAAGCCGAGCCCGUCCUGCUCAAAGCGAUUGAGCUGGGCUGCACCUUCUGGGACACGGCGGUCGUGUAUCAAGCGGGCGUCAACGAGAAGCUGCUGGGCGACUUUAUCCGCAAGCACCAGGUUCGCGACAAGCUGUUCAUCGCUUCAAAAUGCGGAUUCGAUGUCUUUGGGAAUGGCAGCGUCACCAAUUCUGCCGAACAUAUCAAGACGUACAUUGACGGCACGAUCGAGCGACUCGGCUUUGCUCCCGACCUGUACUAUCUUCACCGCAUCGACCCGAACACGCCGCUGGAAGAGUCCAUCCCCGCCCUCGACGAACUCAGAAAGGCAGGCAAGACCAAGUACAUUGGCCUCUCUGAAUGUUCCGCCAAAACUCUGCGGAAAGCAAACUCCAUCGCCAAAAUCGACGCCGUGCAAGCCGAAUACUCCGCCUUCGAAACGCUGCACGAAUCCGACGACCUAAUCACCACAGCCAAAGAGCUAGGCGUCACAUACGUCGCCUACAGUCCGCUCGGACACGGCUGGCUCGUCGAUGACUUCCCCUACGCCAGCCCGGACGACUUUGCCCCCGACGACUUCCGGCGCACCGUGCCCAAAUUCCAGGGCGAGAAUUUCUACAAGAACCGCGCGAUUGUCGAGGAGAUUAAGAAGCUUGCUUCUCGCAAGGGGUGCACUUUGACGCAGGUUGCGCUCGCGUGGGUGGCGGCGCAGGAUAUGAUUGCUAUUCCUGGCACGACGAAGGCGGGGCGACUCGAGGAGAACUGGGCUUCGAGGGAUGUGGUCCUGUCUGACGAGGAGAAGGCGGAGAUGCGGAGGAUUAUUGAUGCGGCGAAACCGCAUGGCAAUCGGUACAGUGAGAAGGCGCAGGCGAUGGUGGGCCAUUGA